GCGGGAUCACAGGUUAGAAGAGGAGGAGGGUGUUUAAAAUUAAAAGUCAACACUUAAACAAUUAAAGUUAACACUGAAUAGUCUGAGGAAAGGCUUUUUCACUUCUGUUGGUUUUUGUCAGCAUCUCAGAAAGGAAAAAAGAGCUCAACCGCACCUUGGGAUUACAAAAUAAUUGAACAAUCUAGUAGCAUGUGUACAGUAUAUUGAUCCGUGACAAGAAUGAAGCUUAUAUCCUUUAAGGCGGACCGCCUGUUGCUGUGUGUCUUUUUCAGUCAGCUCUGGGUUUUCACUGACUGCACCACAACAUCGCAGAUAAACACUGUAACAAAACCGAUGAUGAAGGACGUAGGGCCGUCUGUAAGAGCUUCAAGCACAAACUCCCAAACUACAACGCCUUUAGUGACAACACCUAAACCAAAACCUAUAAAUCCUGAUGGCUUUAAGGCAACUGGACAGAAUGAGACGAGCAUAACCCUCCAGUGGAACAAAGUUAAAGACAUUAGCAAUUACAAGCUUACUUAUGAAAAAGGUUCAAAAGAGGUUACUUCAACUGACGCCACUAUUUCCUCUACAAUCGAUGAUCUGACUAGUGGAAGUAGAUACAACAUCACACUCUUUUCGAUGCGGGGUGAAGAGAUGAGUGAAGGAACGAGCAUCACUGCAGUAACAGCUCCCCGUAAUGUUGAAAACUUCACAUUUUUUGAUCAAAACGAGACCAGCAUUACUCUGACGUGGGACUCGGUGGAGAACAUCUCCAUCUAUACACUUUGGAUAAAUGGGAAAGAGGAGGAGAACAUCACAGAAUCAUCAAGAGGAACCAUAAAACAUGUCGUCCCAAAUCUGACUUCUGGGACUAGAUUUGAGUUCAGUCUCUUUACUGUGUUUGAAUAUGCCAGAAGCAGUGGAAACGACAUCACAGCUGUCACUGCUCCAUCUAAUGCUGAUAACUUUACGCAUAUUGAUCAAAACGAGACCAGCAUAACUCUGCAGUGGAAAAGGGUGAAGGACAUCUCCAACUAUACACUUUUGAUAAAUGGGAAAGAGGAGGAGAACAUCACAGAAUCAACAGAAUUUAUAACACAUGUCGUCGGGAAUCUAAAUUCUGGGACUAGAAAUGAGUUUAUUCUCUUCACUGUGUUUGAAUAUGCCAGAAGCAGUGGAAUCAACAUCAAAGCUGUCACUGCUCCCCGUAAUGUUGAAAACUUCACAUUUUUUGAUCAAAACGAGACCAGCAUAACUCUGUCGUGGGACCCGGUGGCGAACAUCUCCAUCUAUACACUUUUGAUAAAUGGGAAAGAGGAGGAGAACAUCACAGGAUCAUCAAGAGGAACCAUAAAACAUGUCGUCCCAAAUCUGACUUCUGGGACUAGAAAUGAGUUCCGUCUCUUUACUGUGUUUGACUAUGCCAGAAGCAGUGGAAAGGACAUCACAGCUGUCACUGCUCCUGCUAAUGCUGAAAACUUCAUGAAUCUAACGCAAAACGAGACCAGCAUAACUCUGCAGUGGAAAAGGGUGAAGGACAUCUCUGACUACACACUGAGGAUAAAUGGGAAAGAGGAGACUAACAUCACAAAAUCAACAGAAUUGAUAACAUAUGUUGUCACGAAUCUAAAUUCUGGGACUGAAAAUAAAUUCAGUCUAUUUACUGUGUUUGAAUAUGCCAGAAGCAGUGGAAACGACAUCACAGCUGUCACUGUUCCUUCAAGAGUGGUUUCAGUCAAGGUGACUGAACGCACUGAGAACAGCAUCAGGCUCGAAUGGCAGAGUGCAAAUAUAAACUGGGUCUACAAAGUACUGCUUAACGGCAGUGAUGUGCCGGCGGGCUCUACCUCAGCAGAUCUUCCAAAACUCCUCCCUGGAACAAAAUAUGUUGUGAGCGUGAUCUCACAGUUCUCUGGAUUCAGCAGUGCUGCCUUUGACGUGGUCACAGUUACAAAAAUAAAUUGCGCCGCUGCAAACUGGCAGGUUACAAACUCCACAAUAACAGGAAGAGUUGAAGGCUUGUUCUCCAGUGCGACUGCCGUUCCAAAAGAACAAACCGAAGGAUCAGCCAACACCAACCUUACUGGCAGCAACAUAUUCUUCACUCAGCUCCACCCCGGAGCAACCUAUAACGUCUCACUUUUUUAUGAAAUAGCUUCCGAACAUCUGUUGCAAUGCAGCCACAGUCUAACACUGAUUCCUCCAACUCUAAAUCCUCAGUGCAAACACAGGGGUGGUUAUUCUGUCAAAGUUUCCUGGGAAACAGUAAAAGGCGUGUGGACCUCUGUGGAGAUUAACAUCAAUGGGAAAGUGAACGAUGUACCUAGAGAUAAGACAGAACUCCAAAUAGAUCAACUUCAACCAGCUAAAACAUAUAAAGGAUCUUUAGCUUCCGUGUCUGGGAAGGAAAAAUCUGCAGAGGUGGAAUUCUAUUGCUCCACUGAUCCAGCAGGAGUUAUCGGAGGGUCAGUGUUCGGUGUGCUGUGUUUGCUUUUGCUGGUGGGUCUGGCUGCUUUCAUUUAUAUCAAAAAACCAGAUAUCCUCAGCAGAAAAAAGCCUUUUAUUGGUGGAUCCAAGCAACACAGUGCAAAGGGAAAGAAAAUUUCUGCGGCUAAUUUCCCAGACCACUUUCAUCAGUUAAGUUUGGAUGAAAACCGGGGACUUAGUCAAGAAUAUGAGGACCUUUCUGCUGUUGGAACAGACCAGGCACGCAGGGCAGCUCUCCUGCCUGACAACAAAGUAAAAAACCGCUUCACCAACGUGCUUCCAUACGACUGGUGUCGGGUUAAAUUAAGCACCUCUGGCCCUAGUGAGACUCUAGACUACAUUAACGCCAGCUACAUGCCUGGCUACACCACCAACAGAGAGUAUAUUGCCACACAAGGCCCCCUGCCUGGCACAGUAAAGGACUUUUGGAGAAUGAUAUGGGAGCAGCAAGUAAAACGCAUUGCCAUGGUUACCAACUGUGUGGAAGGAGGAAGGACCAAGUGUGAGCGAUACUGGCCUGAAAACGGCAACCCAGGCAUUUACGGAGAGAUUUCAGUCACUGUCACAUCUGAGAAGAGGGACACCAGCUGGACGCUGAGGGACUUCACUGUGAAACAUAUGAAGACUUCAGAGGAACGCACAGUGAAACAUUUCCACUUCACUGCUUGGCCUGAUCAUGGAGUUCCUGAGAACACGGUUGUCCUGAUCCAGUUCCGAGGACUAAUGAGACAGCAUAUAGACAGUGAAAGCAGCAACGCACCGACUGUCGUUCACUGCAGUGCUGGAGUGGGGAGGACAGGUACUCUCAUUGCCCUCGAUGUGCUGCUCCAGCAGCUUGGCAAAGAACAAGCAGUUGAUAUCAAAUACUUUGUGAGGAAGAUGAGGCUGAACCGACCGUACAUGGUGCAAACAGAGUCGCAGUACGUUUUCCUGCACCAGUGCAUCAUGGACAGUCUGACGCCCAACACUAACCUGGAUGACAACUUUUACGAAAACGUGGGAGCGGUCUACGUCAACGCCACUGCCCUGCGAGAGCUUUCUCUAGCGCAGGGCAAACACCCAAACUAGUGUCUAACCUGCACUCAGACUUGAAUGCACUUAAGCAAACUAUAACUAGCAAACAUGUACCAAAUAUUACAUAUUUUCUGUUGUUAUUAAUUUACUGCAUCUGUUUAGAGACUUUGUUUUAUUUGCCAAGUGUAUAAUUUUAUUAUCAAGAAACAAUUAGACUCAAGGUGAAAAGAAAAUGUUUAAUUAAUAUAAACUACAAUAAAAUAUAGUAUAUUGUACAGUAAAUUAAAUAUUUUGCGUUUACAAAAUAUCUAGUUUAACAAAUGUAUUGAAGAAACUAUAAAACUUGAACUGAGUUGUCUUUCCA